AUGAGUACGACACAGAAUCGAUUCCUCCUGGGCCGGCCCAUUGUGUUGGGUCUGUCUAAAGUUCUCUUCCUCGCGUUGGGUCAACUUCCAGUUGUUCAAGCAGUUCCUGUACACGCAUCUCAGCUUCUGCAUUCACUUGCGGGAAAACCCGACCCCAAACCUCCUGGUGAUCCUAAACUAUGGAUAUACCUUGCAGUUGCUGCAGCUCUUGUUCUACUGGGUGGAGCUUUUGCAGGUUUGACCAUUGCUUUGAUGGGUCAGGAUGAGAUAUAUUUACAGGUCAUUGAAGACUCGGGCGAGGGUGCCGAGAGAAAAAAUGCAGGAAAGGUCUUGAGAUUGUUGAAGAGGGGAAAGCACUGGGUUCUAGUAACCCUCCUUCUGAGCAACGUCAUUACCAAUGAGACACUACCUAUUGUUCUUGAUCGGUCUUUGGGAGGUGGCUGGCCAGCUGUCUUAGGCUCAACGGUACUAAUCGUUAUCUUCGGCGAAAUUGUCCCUCAGUCCAUCUGUGUCCGAUACGGCCUACCAAUUGGUGCAUGGAUGUCCCCAUUCGUCCUCGGCCUGAUGUACAUCAUGAGUCCUGUUGCAUGGCCAACUGCAAAACUACUGGACUGGCUAUUGGGUGAAGAUCAUGGAACAACCUAUAAGAAAGCGGGACUAAAGACACUGGUCUCUCUUCACCGAAGUAUGGGAGAAGCUGGACAACGACUGCAUGCAGACGAGGUCACCAUUAUCAGCGCUGUCCUUGACCUCAAGGAAAAGAAUAUAGGCAGUAUUAUGACUCCUAUGGCUGAUGUAUUCACUCUCUCCCUGGACGACGUUCUCGACGAGGAGACCAUGGAUGACAUCCUCUCUCAAGGAUAUUCCAGAGUUCCUGUUCACCAUCCGGACAAUGACGAAAACUUUGUGGGUAUGUUGCUAGUCAAGAUGCUUAUCACUUAUGACCCUGAAGAUGCCAAACCCGUGCGAGAAUUUGCCUUGGCGACACUGCCAGAAACAAGUCCAAGGACCAGCUGUUUGGAUAUUGUCAACUUCUUUCAGGAGGGAAAGUCCCACAUGGUUCUUGUUUCGGACCAUCCUGGAGAGGAUCAUGGUGCUCUAGGAGUCGUCACCCUCGAAGAUGUAAUUGAAGAGCUUAUUGGUGAAGAGAUUAUCGACGAGUCUGAUGUCUUCGUUGACGUCCACAAAGCCAUUCGUCGUAUGACCCCAGCCCCACGCACACGUGUUCCGAGACCUGCCAACGACACGAAGACAAGCAGAGCUGUCGCCACAGACCUCGUCGACAUCAGUGAAGAUCAAACUUUAGAGGCUGCCGACAUGCGCCGUCAUUCGAACCAGGAUCUGGACACGACAAAGCCUCCCAAUGGACAGAGACGGCUAAGCAACAACAGCGUGAUUGCCGAUUCAAAGACGAAACAACGAGCAAAUAUUGAUAAAGAACAUCUGAAGCAUCUAGGACCUUCGAAUCUCGCUAGCCGACCCAAGACCACUCGCUAUGCAUCGGUCAAGAUAAAGCCAGGUACUGAUGGUACCAGCCCUGCUCCAUUACAACGCGAAACCCCCGUUCGUCGCAUAUCGGAAGGCAACUCAGAAUAUGCGACAGGCAUUGGCGAAGGGCUACUUCGUUCUGGUGGUAAGGACGCCAGCGAUGGGGUGCAAGCACUUGUUCAAGACUAUGGCUCUAUCGCAAAGUCACCCUCGCAGACACGUCCGGUGAGCGCCGACAAAGCUAAAGAAUCGAAUGGCCACGCAGAUACGGACUCGUCCCCGAAGCAAUCAGACUCAAUCCUUCGACCGCCAGCUCGCAGCGCUGAAAGCCACGACACCAUCUCAGAUCUGCCUAAUAACCAACGUCCCCACAGCCCCUUCUACAACCGAACUCCAGCCAGAAGUGGUAGUAUUACAGAAAACAUCGUAGACACAAACGGAAUUCGGAAAGUCGUGCUUGAGACUACAUCAAGUAGUGACACGAAUGAUGAAGAUAGCAACGACAAGUCGCAUUCCAAGAACGAACAAUCCAACUCUCAAAAAGGUUCCUCCCAAUCAAACAACCAGGAUCAAGAACAGAAUGAGGAGGCUGGCAACAAGAAGAGACGAAGACGCAAGAAGCGUAAUGGAAAAACCGGUGAAACAGAGCCAUUAUUGAGCGAGCAGAAAUAG